UUAGACAUCAUAUGAGGAAUCUUGCAGAACUCUAUUGGGGCAAUGAAGAAAAGAGAAAUGAAUCACUCCUGCCAACUGCCUUUGCACUGAGACAGAAGAAUGUUCCCCCAUCUAUUCAAGCUCUUAUCCCUGAGGAAAUGGGGGGGAAGCUGUAUCACAAGGACAGGGAGGCAGAGAUCAGCCAUGGAGUUGCAGCUUUGAGACAGCGUAGGAUAACUCACAACAAUAUGCUCAACAACCAACCUCCUGCAAUUUUUGGAGUUCGAGGAGAAGAUGCCAAAGAAUCUGCAUAUUUGUCAGGUGUGUUGGAGAUCCAUGAGUCCAAGCCUCAAAAGUUACGAUUUUUUGGGAUUGGAAUAUCACUACAGAUGAAAAUUAGAUUCACUACAAAACCUGAGAAGAGAGGAACGUCAUGUGAUGAGGCACAGUCCACAGAAGUAUUCCAGUUUCUGGAGGACACAAUCUCACUAUAUUCUGGUGUAGUAGAAGUGAAAUUGGAUCUCCUACCUGAUGAUGCUGAGGCAUAUUUCAUCUGUUUGAAGAGCACCAAUCCCAAUAGUCCCACAUGGAUCCAUCAGGGCGAUGAGAUUGGAGUCAGAAUUGUGACAUUUGCUAAGCUAAUACCCUUCUGGUUGAACAUCCUUGGCAUAAUAUUCCUCCUCCUCCUUUCAGGGCUCUUUUCAGGCCUGAACCUAGGACUUAUGGCUCUUGAUCAAACAGAACUGAAAAUUGUAUCCAAAGUAGGAAAUGAAAAGGAAAAACGAUAUGCCAAAGUUAUAUUUCCCCUGAGGCGCUUGGGAAAUUACCUUCUAUGUUCUAUCCUUUUGGGAAAUGUGGUAUUAAAUUCAACAUUGACUAUCCUGAUUGAUGAACAAGUGGAAGGAUUGACUGCAAUUAUUGUAUCAUCCCUGGGUAUCACCAUAUUUGGAGAGAUUAUUCCUCAAGCACUCUGCUCUCGCUAUGGGCUUGCCAUAGGAGCUUGGACCUCAUGGAUAACAAAAAUUGUGAUGGUGCUCACUUUUCCACUGUCAUUUCCCAUCAGUAAAGCACUUGACUUGGUCCUUGGUGAAGAGAUUGUAAAUGUUUAUGACCGUGAACGUCUCAAGGAACUUGUGCAGGUGAGCCAAUUCAAGGAUAUCCACAAGGAAGAAGUGAAUAUAAUAUCUGGUGCCCUUGAUCUGAGGAAGAAAACUUUGAUAUUAUUACCUGGUUGGAUGAUGUCUUCAUGCUCCCCUAUGAUGCUGUAUUGGAUUUCAACACACUCUCUGAAAUACGAAGACAAGGCAAUACCCAUCUAUGAUGGAUCUCCCAACAAUAUAGUGUCGGUGUUGUUUGUCAAGGACUUAGUGUUCAUGGAUCCUGAUGACAAAAAGCCACUGAAAACCUUGUGCAACUUCUACCAAAACCCUCUUUUCUUUGUAUAUGAGGACACCACUCUUGAUGUCAUGUUCAAUGAGUUCAAAGAAGGCAGUAAGGGACAUCUAGCAUUUGUGCAACGGGUGCACACAGAUACUGAGAAGGAUCCUUACUAUGAAGUUCUUGGGAUUGUGACGUUGGAAGAUGUCAUAGAAGAAAUCAUUCAGGCUGAGAUCAUGGAUGAGACAGAUGUCUUUACUGACAAUCGUACUUGGAAGAAAAGGUUGCGAAAUGAACUCAAGCAUGAUUUCUCAGUCUUUGCACAGCAUAGACAUAUCCAUCGGGUUCAGAUUUCACCUCAACUUGCUCUUGCUGGAAAACCAGCUGACUAUUUUGUGCUCAUUCUUGAAGGCAGAGUUUCUGUUUUGGCCACACAAGAGAACCUGACCUUUGAAUCUGGGCCUUUUUCUCACUUUGGCACCCAGGCCCUCACUUUCACAGAAGUGAAGUUGGAUCAUCUACCUGAUGAUGCUGAGGCUUACUACAUCUGUGUAAAAGGCAACAGUCCAAGUGAACCUACAUGGAUCCAUCAGGGUGAUGAGAUUGGAGUCAAAAUUGGGACAUACGUCAAGCUUGUACCCAUCUGGUUGAACAUCCUCGGCAUUAUUUUCCUACUCCUCUUUUCAGGACUUUUAUCAGGCCUGAACCUGGGACUUAUGGCUCUUGAUCAAACAGAACUGAAAAUCGUUUCCAAAGUAGGAAAUGAGAAGGAAAAGCAUUAUGCUGAAGUUAUAUUACCUCUGAGGCACUUGGGAAAUUACCUUCUAUGUUCUAUCCUUUUGGGAAAUGUGGUAUUAAAUUCUACAUUGACUAUCCUGCUGGAUGAUCAAUUGGAAGGCUUAAUAGCAGUUGUUGUGUCAUCCUUGGGUAUCACCAUAUUUGGAGAGAUUCUUCCUCAAGCAAUCUGCUCUCGCUAUGGGCUUGCCAUAGGAGCUUGGACCUCAUGGAUAACAAAAAUUGUGAUGGUGCUCACUUUCCCCCUGUCAUUUCCCAUCAGUAAAGCGCUUGACUUGGUCCUUGGUGAAGAGAUUGGAAAUAUUUAUGACCGUGAACGUCUCAAGGAACUUUUACUGGAUAUCCACAAGGAAGAGGUAGAUAUUAUUGCUGGUGCACUUGAUCUAAGGAAGAAAACUGUCAUUGAUAUUAUGACCUGGUUGGAUGAUGUCUUCAUGCUCCCCUAUGAUGCUGUAUUGGAUUUCAGUGCUCUCUCUGAAAUACGAAGACAAGGCAAGCAAGUCACUUACCAUUACAUUUUUGUAGGUUAUUCACGGGUACCCAUCUAUGAUGGGUCUCGUAACAACAUAGUCUCAGUGCUUUAUGUCAAGGACUUGGUGUUCAUGGAUCCUGAUGACAACAAGCCACUGAAAACCUUGUGCAAAUUCUACCAGAACCCUCUCUUCCUUGUGCUUGAGGAUACCACUCUUGAUAUCAUGUUCAAUGAGUUCAAAGAAGGCAGUAAGGGGCACAUGGCAUUUGUGCAACGUGUGAAUAAAAAUAGUGAUAAGGAUCCUUUUUAUGAAGUUCUUGGGAUUGUGACAUUGGAAGAUGUCAUAGAAGAAAUCAUUCAGGCUGAGAUCAUGGAUGAGACAGAUGUGUUCACUGACAAUCGUACUUGGAAGAAGAGGUUGCGAAAUGAGCUCAAGCAUGAUUUCUCUGUCUUCGCUCACCCUCGAUAUGUUCAUAGUGUUCAGAUUCCACCUCAGCUUGCUGUUGCAGCCUACCAAUUCCUUUCAACAUCUGUGGAUGCUUUUAAGCCAUCCUUGAUAUCAGACCGGAUCUUGCAGCAGCUGAUCAAUCUUGAUGUGGCCCGUCAGAUAAAAGUAUGCCACUGCUUCUUAAAUGACAUAUUCCUUUUGAUUUCAUUGUCCUUUACAGCUUGGAGAGAUUCAUUGAUAUUUCAGGGAAAGCCAGCUGACUAUUUUGUGCUCAUCCUUGAGGGCAGAGUGUCUGUUCUGGCCACUCAAGAGAACCUGACUUUUGAGGCUGGGCCUUUUACUUAUUUUGGCACCCAGGCACUUACUCUUAAUUUAGAAUCAGUGUCAUCUAUUAACGGGCCAUCAGCAGAAAGGAUGAUGUCCAACACACCUGAUGGAACAGUAUCAAGUAUCACUGGAUGGACAACCAGCAAUGUCCUAUCUCUACCCAGGCAGGAAUCUUGCUCCAGUAACUCAUCUUACCGGUUCCCUCUGUCACGGCAGAAUUCACAGAUUACCUUUGUCCCAGACUACUCUGUGAGAGCUGUGACAGAUGUUCUCUACCUUUCCAUCAGACAUCUGUUAUAUCAUGCUGCUUUCCAGGCCUCCAUUCUGUACAGUCAGAAGAAAGAAGAGGAGGCUGUGCAAAUAGAAUCCGCCUUAGAAAAGAUUUCAAAAGUUGGAGAAGACCGCUGUUCAUCUCCACGUUCACCCCUUGUUAGGAAUGAAGACAUGAAAUCGCCUCAAGAUUCCAGUUCCAGCAAUGGCCAUUCACCUAUCUUCACUAACUCUGUGGCAGGGAAUUUGUAAUCUGAGAUACUUAUUGCCAUCAAAGUAACAUGCCAUGAGCAAGAAUUCUAAAUUUCAUAUGAAGGUAGAAAAUUCAUUAGGAAAGUCUGGUCUUGAAAAUGACAUUAACUCCCUGUGACUGCUAAGUGAUUCUUGAUGAUCAAUUGGUGAACCCUCUUUUUUCCACCAUCAUGCAAUUUACUUGUGGUCACAGGAUAAUCUGAGUAUCCCUUCUUUCCAUCUCCAUCCCCCUUCUCUAUUAGUCUGCAUAUAUGAGCAACUGGAAUCUAACCACUUAGCUUGUCCUAAUCCUCCUGAUACAUAGAAAAGUCCUUUAUGGAGAUCUGAAAUGUGCUGCUCCUAUUAGGGAUACAUUUAGAGCUUCAGCAUCACAUUCAUGAUGUUUUAAAAGCUGACAAGCUUGAAUUUUAACUGUGCGAUGGAG